UAUGGCGGUGGAACAAUGGUUAAUGGAUAUUCUCGUUCAUCUCAAACGCGCAAGGAUAAACGAAAAACCAAAGAAUACACAUUUAACUACGUGGAUCGCGUACGUUUGGGUCAAAGUUCGUUACAAAAACAAUAUCGUCCCCCAUGCGGUUCUGGUUGGCGCCAAAAAUCCAUUUCAAAUUUAGACCUAUCAACUAAUCGUCAUUCUUCGAGUCAUUACAUCGAAGAAGAUCGUCGAUUACGUCCAAGUCGAUCGCUUGACUAUAAACACACUACACACAAAGAAGACACUUUAGAUAUAGCUGAAUUUUAUUGGCGAAUCGAUCCAGAGAAAGACUACGAAAAAAUACAACACAAUUACGUUGAUGAAAGUGGUUAUCACUCAACAAAUCUAUACAAUCAACAACAACAACAACAACCAUUUGACAUUGGAAACGAGUCAUGCAGCUUACGUCGUUCGAGAAGUUUGGCAGUAAUUCGUGAGGAGACAUUUAGUGAUUUACAAAUUUCAUCGGCAAACAGUCAUCACAGGCGAUCGCAGCUAAUACCCCGUGCUAGGUUAGUGAAUCGAGGCUUUUUUGAUGAACGAUUCACAAGUUCUAAACAACCAACCUACUACCACCACCAUCAUCACCAACAUCACCACCACCAACAUCAAUCCUCAUCAUCGUCAACACUUGACCGGGCACUUGCGGCUUCCGGCGACACCCCCCACCAUUCACCACCGCCAAUUCUAGUUGUUGCACAACCUCCCGAAACAACAACCAUAACACGUGAAUCCGAUGAAUAUUACGAGAAUCUCAAACGAUUAGACGCUCAUCAGCAAUCAAUCUGGCAAAACGAGAAAAGCGACUUGGAGAGCUUAAACUCGGAAUACUUUAGAAAUUCAUUACAUCAAAGUGAUUCAAAUUGUGGCGGUACAAUUGGAGGCGGAGUAGGGCGGGAAGAAAAACAACGAUUAUAUCAAUCUCGAAGCCACAAGUCAACCUCUCAUCGAAAGUAUUCAUCACAAUUCUGUGGCGAAGAGUCGUCGUGCCCUGAACUGAGUCAGAGUAGUGUUUUCCCCGAGACAACAACUACCAGCAAUUCCGACGAUCAAUCGGAUAGUUUAACAGUGUCGGAACAAGAAUACGAUAUUGAAAGAGUUGAAGAAAUCCUUAGUAAAGUUUACAACGAAAAAUUCGAAGUUAUCAGUUUGACUGAAGAACAGAAUCAAAAACGGUCCGAAAACACCGAUGAACAAGGUGCCUUGAUUGCCUACGAUUCGGUUUAUCUUUCGUCGGAAGAAAGUUCCGAAGGAACCUUAGUUGAAGGCGGCAAACAAGAAACUCCUUCACUUCUUCACAUUUCGAUCGAAGAUAUCUACGAUCCUCCGGAAAGACCCGAAGUUAUCGAAGAAAAACCGAUAGAAAAUCCUUUGUAUUCUCAAGUUCAUCGAAUACCAUCGGCAAAUCAAUCUGUCGACACAAAGCCGAAAAUUCUAGCACUUGUCGAGAAAAAGAAGAAACUUAAACGGUUUUCUGACUACGCUGUAGUUCCCCGACGAGAAUCGAAAGGAGUCAUUGAACAUUUAACCUACGUCUCAGCUCACAACACUCAUCAACUAAUCGAUAACCAAUACUUUAGUCUACCCGACGUUAAUAUCGGCAAAAGUCUCAAAGUUUCAGAACGUAUUGAUGCCAAAUUACGGUCAUCGUACAAUAUUAAAGAGGAAUCCCCAGUUCCUCCCGAAACCAUUACUGAUUCUAUAAAACGUUUCGGUCGCGCUCAUAAAAAAGUCCGCCAACGCGAAGAAGACAACAACAAUACAAACUAUCGCUCAGAAAUCGAAGAAGUCGAAGUUGAAAAACCCAGAGGAGCUGCUUCCAUUCAAGUUGAAACCUUUACCAAAGAAAUAAUUGCUACCGAAACAGACACAAACGCAUCAGCAGACAGCAACACUUUCAUCGAAUUAAGUCAAUUUAGAAUAAUUGUAACAGACGCCCAGAAUAAUAUUAUCGAAGAGGAUUCAAUUGAUGGCAAUAGUGUCCCAUCGCUACCAACAAGCCUAGAUAUUACCGAAGUGCAGCAAAGUGUUGCUGCUAAUGGAAGUCAAUCUAAGUCGAAACAGCAGCAGGAGAAUCAGAAGGAAGAUAAAUUAAUUGAACAACCAACACCUCCACCACCACCACCAACAACCCCAACCCAACCAAAGAAAUCGACUCUCUGUCGAACUCCUUCGAAAUCAAAGAAAUCAACCGGGACUGUUGUUCAUUCAGAAGUGUGCAAAGCAAAGGAUAGACGAUUGUAUGGCACAUAUCGGGCUAGACCAAUUAAAGUCAAACCAAACGAUUCUCUAAGGCGUGUUGGCAAAAUGUCACGACCACAAGUUAUUCAAGUUGUCGAUUCAAAGAAGUCGGAAACUAAACAACAACAACAACACCCUCUAGCGGGAAAACAAGCUGAAGAUGAAUUUCUACAAAAAGUCGAUGCAAUUCGAUGUUAUUGGUCGAAAAUGAGUGAAGAAAUCAAUCAGCAAAAGAACAAAGAAAUUCUUCAACAAAAAGACGAAGAAAAGUCCUCCAAAAAGGACUUUAUAAUUGGUGACGAAGUAAAAUGUGUCAAACCAACACCGCCAAUUUUUAACGAAGAUGAUUUUACAAGUUUAAUGCCGUCAAUAGAAAUCGUCGAACUUGAUGGUGAUAAACAAGCGACAAUCGUGAAAGCAAAUGCUGAUGAACCAGUACCAGAAUUUGAUCAUAUCCGUUACAAAGUUAUGAAGCCGAAUUUAUUCCGCAGCAACAUCCUAAAUCGCAGCAAAAAGGAAGCACAAUUCGAUGGUUUAAUUCAGUAUUUGCAAGAAUAUAGUUUUCAAGAGUUGCUGACAAAUAAUAAUGUUGUUAUUGUCGAACCGGUACGAACGAAAAUUGAAAGACCCUCCAAGGAUUUACAAUUUGAUGGUGGAUAUCAGCAACAACAACAACAAUCGAGCAUAACGAAGGGUGGACAAAAUUGUAAAAUUACUGGUGGAGCUGGGAAUAACUCCUGUCACACAAGUUUGAGUACCACAAAUUCCACUCCGAUUGGAGUGGGAGCAACCACUGAGAGUCACAACAAAUUAAGCAAACGACAUUUCUUCUACCAGCCAGUUCGGGUCAAUCGGGAGUUGUUGGAGGAGGAACUACCCACACCGGAUACGGUGAGAAAUGUUCGAAAGUUCUUCGAGGAGAAUGUCCUGCCGAAUGGUAGUAAACAGAGAGAUGAGUCAGGGCUGUCGCCGGAGGUGCUAACCAACGACAGACAACUGAAUAAUAAUGAAGGACGAAGGGCAACAGGACACCAACAACGUUUGCGAUAUUUAACCAUUGAUACAUCGUAUGGUAAUGGCCAAGUAAAUAACAACAACAACAACAACCAGAGUAGUGCAACUAUAACGCCUGGAACAUUGAGAAAAUGGGAUUCGGUGAGUUUGUCGAGUGGUAUAUCGAGCGGUGAUUUAUCAUCGCCAUGUGAGUGCAGUAAUGGAGGAGCCUCUACUGUCGACGGAAGAAGAUCUCCUUCUGCUGCACAACAACACCUCCAUCAGAGGAUGAAGGAUGACAACAAUGAGCCGCAGGAGGCCGAGACUGAAAUACGAGGUGGAAUGCAUGUACGGGAUUUUAUAAGGAGGCAUAAUGCUUGUGGUUCACAGGAUUCAAAUGGAUUAUGUGGUUAUUAUAUGGAUGGUGGGGAGGACUGUGUAGAUGGUGGUGGAGUUGAAGGUGAACGAGAGACAGAUGAUCUGGAGGAUGAAGAAGACGACGAGGUCGACAUGGUGGAUGAUGAACUAUGUGAAUCGUAUUAUGUCAGUGAGGAUGUUCUUGAAAAGAUACGAGAAUGUGGUUCCACUGUUACGUACUACGGUGGUCGUGUUAUGAUGCACAGUCCACCGGCUACGGGUGCAACAUUGCGUAUCCCUCGUUCCAAAAUAGAAUUUCUCACAUGCAAUUCAUGUCAGCCGAACGAAUGCCCGCAUAAGGAUCAAUUACACGACCAGUUACUUGCUCAACAAAACUAUACUGGAAUCAAAUUCAAACUUGUCAAAUCGAAUAGCUGCAGCAGUCGCCUCGAAUUGAUCGGCACUCAGAAACACGUCGGCAAUCACUAUCCUGACACCAUUGGCGAGGACGAUUCCAUAGACGACAACAACACAGGCACAACAAACAACGAUGAAUACGACGAUGGAGAGCCUCUAGUUCGACGACUUGUUCAUCGACUGGAAACAACCGGCAACAUAAACAAAUACACAGGACCGCGAAUCAUAGAAUCCCAAUGCAUUGAGAAGAUACCACAUCGUCGUCCCACGAGCCUAGUCGUUGAACGACAAAAAACCGAGACAACCGCCAACCACAAACGUUUUUCUGAAGGAUUCACAAUUAACAAUCAAAUGGUUGGCAAAAUCCCAGAACAGAAUCAGUCUCAAGCAUCACAGCAGGUUCCUAAACAAGUAACCGUCAAUAAUCAUAUCAAUGUCCCAAUCGAGUCGUCCUUGUCGAGUCCUUGUUUUACAUCCUCUGCCAUGGACAUUCGUUUGGUCGAGAAGGCAGGAGGUAUCGAACAAGCUAAGCUUGCAAAUGGCAAAAUUCGUCGCAAUAAAAAUGUUGACUUGGCAUUCACCAUGAAAGGACCCAAUGGAACUUUAAAAAAUGUUUCCUCUUCCUCUGGUGUGGAAAAUUUUGCUGCACGGAAUAACACCACUUCAGAAAAGACCGAUAGAAACUAUCGCAAUUCUGCAAAGGAUUUGAGAGAUUUAGCAAAAAAUUUCAACAUAACCGAACACUUCGAUGGUCACCUGCCGAUGAAGCAAAAGGACGAAGAAUUGACAGCAGAACCAUCCUCGAAUACGACAGGAAAAACCUCCUUAUCCUCUUCCACUCCAUCUGAAUUGAUUGUGGACAAAACUUUGGUGCGGCACUAUGUGACAAAUGAUAAACGAUUGUUUUCCAAACCCAAAUACGACGACAUCGAAUUCGAGGAAUUCGAGGUGUACGACCCCCUCAAGGAUGCAACUGCCAAAGCGGAACAACUAGUCGACGGCUUGGCGGAGGAUAUUACGCGUGCGGUGUCGGCAACUUCUUCAUAUGAGCUCAAAUCGUCGUCGACGAAUAACGACGAAUGUUGUUAUGAUAGUCUAGACGAUAAAAUUUAAUAUCGAGUCGAGUCGACGAAAAACAAAAAAAAAGGACAUAAAAAAGGAAGUAAAAACAGCGAAAAAAGUUAUCAAAAUAAUUCAUUCAUAGUCAUAAUAGUCUUUAUUUUUUGUAUUUUUAUUUUUUUUUUUUUUUGUAUUAUUGUUUAAUCAGUAUUGUUAUUGUAUUUUAUUAUAAAAAAAUUAGAAACAAAAAAAUGUGCUACGUGAACGUACUUAAAAAGAGGCAAAUGCGGCAUAGUGUUUUCUAUGUAAUAUCAGUAAAUGGCCAAAAAAUAAAGUAAAUUAUCCAAAGUAUAUAUUCUAUUUAGAAAAAAAAAAAAAUA